AUGGGGUUUGCCAUGUCGAAAGUAAUAGUAAGAGCCGAACUGGAAAAACUUAAAAACGCUUUGAAAGAAAACAAUCUCCAAGAUCUUUCAAAACAAAUUAAUGAAGAACUGAAAUCACUAAGCAGCACCACCCUCGACAUCGCCAUCACAGGGGUGACGGGCACUGGUAAAUCAUCCCUUGUCAAUGCUCUGAGAGGUAUGGGUGAUUUUGACAAUGAUUCAGCUAAGACUGGCAACACAGAAACGAUGAAGAAGCCAGGUAAAUAUAUACAUCCCGUAUUCCCCAAUGUCACCGUGUGGGAUCUACCGGGAAUUGGGUCAUCUGAAUUCAAAGCAAAUGAAUACCUGCAGAAGACCGAUUUUGCGAAGUACGAUUUCUUCAUUAUUGUGGCUUCAGAACGCUUCACAGAAAACGACGUCCUACUCACCAAGGAAAUCCAGGAAAUGAAAAAGAAGUAUUACUUUGUGCGUUCCAAAGUAGAUCAGAGUAUACAGGCUGAAGAAAGGAACCCAGACUUCCAUAAAGAGGAAUCCCUUGAAAAGAUUAGGCAAUAUUGCUGUGAAAAUCUGAGAAAAGCCGGAGAAUCUAACCCAAGGGUUUUUCUCCUUUCCAGCUGGAACUUGAGAGGGUAUGAUUUCCCCCUCUUGCUCAACACCUUGGAAAAUGACCUCGAUAGCCUCAAGAGACAGGUUAUCAUUGAGUCAAUGCCCGCUUUCUCAAAAGAAGCCCUGGAGAAGAAAAAGGCUGCUAUGGAGGCCCUUAUAUGGAAAUUAGCCCUUGUGUCUUGUGCUAUGAUAUCCCAGUCCCAGGACUCUGCCCUUCUUGUCCCAGAACUGCAUCCUUGUGGCGACAUUUCCUUCUUGGCGGCAACAAUGAAGAAAUUCUGCCAGGUCUUUGGCUUGGAUGAAGAGUCCCUUGGCAGACUUGCACAUCGGAUCCACAAACCUAUUGAUGAGCUUAAAUCAGCUGUAAAAAUAGUGCCCUUGGCCAGCCAAAUCACCGAAGAAUUUGUACUCCAUCUGGCACUUAAGUCAGAUGCAUGCAGGGUACUGAUGGCAGUCGAAUUUGCUCUUGAUUUCAUACCUGUGUUGGGCUCUCUAGUUGGUAACGGAACUUCUUUUGCAACUACCUUCUACAUGCUGAAAAGCUUUCUGAGUGACGUCAAGGAAGAUGCUGAGAAUGUUCUGGCAAAAGCUGCAGAGUAGCAGGAUGAGUGAAAUGCCAAGACACCCAUCUGGAGAACAGAUCUGAGGUCAAUAGCAUCUGAACUUCAUGCAGAGAACAAGGAACCCAAACUGGAGAACGGAUUAUAGAUUUCAUAUUUGUGUUGGAGGCUUGGUUUUGUUUUGUUUUUUUAAGAACCACAUUCUGCAUGCUGAUAAGUUUUCGGCCAAAUCUCAAAAGCUGUUGACUGUUCAGA